UGCUUUGUUCUGAGAAUUCAACUGGCAACCAUGUUGAAUCACUUUAUUCCUCCUCAUCACUUGCUUCUCGACUCUCUGACAUUACAUCAACAACUGCCGUUAUUCGUCUUGGUAGUUGUGACGCAGAACCAGGAAUACCGGAAGAAGCAGCAACAGAGCUCACAAUCGCGGCAGAAGAAGCAGCAACAGAGGUCACAGCCAAAACUGAAGAAGUAAAAGAUGCAGCUCUCAAUGCAGGCGAAGAUGAGGUAGUUGUCAUUUGCCUAGUUGAGCCAGCUGUUAUUCGUCUUGGUGGAUAUUGA